AUGGGUGAAGUGGAGUCUCAAGACCUACAGGGCCAAUCGACUCCCAUUGUUGAGAUCAUCGACGACGACGACAAUACCGCCCUGAACCUUGCCAUAUAUAACGUUCUCAUCAGGUUGCCUUUAUUCCAACAAGAAACCUUCACCAACCCACUGGCGUACAGUUAUGAUAAAACUGUAAAUGCCUUACUACGAAUUACAGAGAACGACAGUGUCCUCCAGUCUUCACCUGCUCCGAGUGCCGCACCCAAUGUCAGGCCUCAGGCCGUCCCUCAGGCCAAGACCCGGGGUGUAAAGAGAGCGAGGGAGCCCGAACCCGAGCCUCCGAAACGACCUACCGGUAGAACUAGCCGGUGUGCGGCCAAGACAGUGAAACCUGAGGAGGCCAACGAGGCCAAAGGCCCUCAUUACAGGUUUAUUGCCCCAAAGCCACCAAAGAUUGAUGUGCCUUGUCAGCGACAGCCAUUGCCUGUCAAUAUACCGCCAAGCAGAGCUGGUUUCCAGUAUCGGAACGUACCUGUCUCGUUUGCUGCUCCUGGUGGUGCUGUUCGUGAUUCAGGACAACAACUGAAUCGUCAUCUUCAGCUGGCGCAGGCGCAGAUGGGCUUUAAUCCUCCUGUCACUUCGUCUCCUCACAGCGGGAGUAUGACUUGGACUUCCUCAGGGUCCAGUGUCGAAAGCUGGGGGGCGUUCUCGCCAAACACGCCCGUGGAUGGCGGUAAUCCUCAUAGCAUUCCGUCUCCCCACAACGGGCAUAUGGCUUUCUCUUCCCAUCUGCCACCUCUUCGACAGCUUCAUGAUGGGAUAAGGAUGGGAAGCAUGGGACAUCAUAAUCAGGCCGUGGGCAAUGGCAUUUUCACGGUGUCUCAAAAUGCCCGGCCUAACUAUUCCGUGGAACAUCUUCAGCCAAGGGUCAAUGGCAAUCCCAUGAAGAUGCAUCAGCAUAAUGGCCCUUUCAUGGGAUAUUGCCAGCCAAGACGAUUUGGGUAA